AUGACUCAGCCACAGUUCAGGCCUCAUAUGCAGGCCACGCAGCAGCAGCCAAAUAACAACAGGAUGCAGUGUCAGCCACGACAGGGUCCCAUGAAGCCGAGGCAUAAUACCCCAUCUCAAAAUAUUGUCAAGCGUCCGAAUCAGCAGCUACAGUCGACUGCUCCAAGAAAUAGCAACUUGCGUGAGUUGCCGAUAGCACCGUCACACGCAAUGGAAAUGAACAACAACAGGCGAACCUCCACCCCAGCUGCUCAGGUCAAACCCAUUACCAGCACCGUGUCUGCCCCCAAAGCUGUAACUGGUGUUGGAAACUCACAGGGAAGGCCUGAGAUGAAAGCUAAAGCAAUCACACCAGUGGGCCAAGCAAAAUCAGAAGUAAAAUCUGAACCAGAGUAUCCAGAUGAAGAUGAAGAAACUAGAUUAUACCGUUUGAAGAUAGAAGAGCAGAAGCGUUUAAGAGAAGAAAUUCUGAAACAAAAGGAACUGAGACGACAGCAGCAGGCUGGUGCUAGAAAGAGAGAAUUGCUCGAAAGACUUGCGCAGCAGCAGCAGCAGCAGCAACCUUCUACGCAACAGUCCUACAUACAGCAGGAGGACGACAGCUCCGAGUUCCCCACCAAUGGCAGCCCUUACAUACCCCACUCCGGCUUACAGACCAGGCAAAAUGUGAAAAACAGACUCCUCGUUAAAAAGCCAGAUACGGUAGUUCCAAAUAUCCAACCCAAACCCGCGGAUUUCGCACAGGUCGGGGCGAAUAUGCAGUAUCAAGGACAGCAGAUGAAGCCGGUGAAGCAGGUGAGGCAGACUAGAACGGUACCUCCGAGUCAGCCACAGGCUCCGCCGAAAGUCCUGCAGACAAAACCUCCUGCGGCGGCGCUGCCCGCGACACAGUCCGAGCCAGCCGCAGGCUCCGCCGAAAGUCCUGCAGACAAACCCUCCUGCGGCGGCGCUGCCCGCGACACAGACUGCUCGAGUGGCUUCGGUACAGGCAAGGCCCCAAGAACUGAAACCCAGCGUGAAAAGGACUGUCAUGCAGCGGACAAACAGUAG